AUGUCUUCAUUCCAAGUUCAAGCUCUACCACGUUCAAUUUCACUUGCAAACGUUACCGAACGCAACAUUGACCAACUUGUCAGGCUUCAUGUCAAGAUAUUUCCAAUAGUAUACAAUACGAAGUUUUAUGAUCUAGUGUUAAAGGCUGGUCCUUUUGCACAAAUGGUUAUGUUCAAUAAGGUCUGUGUGGGAAGCGUUUGCUGCCGGAUACAAGAAAACCCAUUGGACCCAUCUUUAUCCUCAGUCUACAUACAAACACUUGGUGUUCUCAAGGCUUUCCAAAGGCUGGGUUUGGGUACCCACAUCUUGGGAGAAGCAGCUAGACUAAAUAACCCAAAAAUAACUUCGGUCUAUUUACAUGUCCAGACAUGCAACAGUGUCGCCAUUGACUUCUAUCUAAAGCAUGGGUUUCGACUGAUCAUGACAGCAAAGAAUUACUAUCCUUCGAUGGAGUGCAAAGAUGCAUAUGUACUCUCAAGAGAGGUUAUGUCUCAGAAUCAGAAUCAAAAUCAAAACCAAAACCAAAUUCAGAAUUAUUAUGGCUGUACCACCCAUUGA